AUGGCCACGAUCAGUAACGCGCAUUCAGAGCUCAUUCACGACGCAGUGCUGGACUAUUACGGGAAACGUCUUGCGACAUGUUCAUCCGACAAGACGAUCAAGAUUUUCGAGAUAGAGAACGACAUUCACAAGCUAGUUGAGACGCUAUACGGCCACGAGGGCCCGGUGUGGCAAGUGGACUGGGCCCACCCUAAGUUUGGGGUGAUUUUGGCGUCGUGUUCCUACGACGGGAAAGUGUUGAUCUGGAAAGAAGAAAACGGACGCUGGACUCAAAUCGCAGUGCACGCUGCACACUCAGCAUCAGUCAACUCUGUGAAGUGGGCCCCACAUGAAUACGGACCCUUUCUGCUUGCAGCGUCUUCCGAUGGGAAAGUGUCGAUCGUGGAGUUCAAAGAAAACGGCACUACAGCACCAGUGGUUCUGGACGCACAUGCAAUUGGUGUCAACACAGCUUCAUGGGCAUCCGCUGCCCUGCAAGAUGGAUCUUCGACCCUCCAGGAGCGUCGUUUCGUCACCGGUGGUGCCGACAACCUAGUCAAAGUUUGGAAAUACAGCCCUGAGGCAAACACGUACUUGGUACAAGAUACCCUCGAAGGCCACAGCGACUGGGUCAGAGACGUAGCAUGGUCUCCUUCGGUGCUGCUACGCUCGUAUUUGGCCAGUGUGUCACAAGAUCGUACCUGCAUUAUCUGGACUCAAGAGAACAACCAAGGACCUUGGAAAAAGACAUUACUGAAAGACGACAAGUUCCCAGACGUGUUGUGGAGAGCCAGCUGGUCGCUUUCGGGUAAUAUUCUGGCAAUCUCCGGAGGCGACAACAAAGUAACCUUGUGGAAAGAAAACUUGGAAGGUAAAUGGGAAUCCGCCGGUGAGGUUGAGCAGUGA